AUGGUUCAUGUUCUUAUAUACAAACAUAAAACCAUGAGUCUGGCUAUGAUGUCUCUGAGCACGAAGAAGUCUAAAAUGUACGCACACUCAUGUUCAAAGACGGCGUUAGUGAAAAACCCAGCAUUUGUUGAAGACGACCAAAUAGAACUUAACGCGUCAGGACUGCUGUACGAAAACUUCUUCACGUUGAACAACUCUGCCGAUCUUCUUCAAACUAAUAACUACAAAAUAAUUGCAACAGAAAGUGAAGAAAUAAGAACAGUGGUCGGGAUAUCCACGAACCCUACACGAACCAUCCAGCUGGGCUACCACGGCGUGUACCUCUUCAUAUACACCGUCAUAUGUUACUACCCCAUCAUGUACAUCGGCCCCCUCUUCAUACUCACCUACCUCAACGUCAAACUAAUCGUUGUUUUGAAAUAUUUAAAAAAGAAAAAGUCAAUAGCGUUGAAACAUGUUAGCGGCAGUGAAGCUACAGGGUCAAGUCGCGAUGCCAGCAGCGGCGGAAGGAGUCAACGCGCUGCUCGAAAAACGGAUCACAUAACAAAGUGCGUUGUGGCGAUCGUCAGUACAUUCAUCUUCACUCAGACGCCGGCGCUGUUGAAUCAAAUAUUUUGGGCCACCAAGAAUCCCUCUGACCCCGGUUCUCUCUACUAUUAUUACUCGAAAUUGAGUGAUUUGCUGGUGGCCGUCAAUUCUGCCAGCAAUUUCUUUAUCUACUGCCUUCUCAACGAUACCUUUAGAAAUAUACUGCUGGAUUAUAUGAGGCGUUACUGCUGCUGUUUAACAUCUCUCAUGCCGAGUCCGAAUACAAACAACAGUCACCACAGGCAGAAUCAAGUUAAUACAACUGUUGCUGUUAGUCUUCGUGCUAAAAACAUAAACAAUGAGUAUAUCAAACCUGAAAAAGAUGACAACAACAACACUAACAUGAACAAAAAAUACAACAUCUAUUUUAACAGCAACAUCAACAGUCGCGACUACAGCAUCACCAACCGUGACAAUAAUGUCAUCCAUUGCGAAAGUGCAGACAUCAACCAUGACAGCAUCCUCAUCAACCAUGAUAUUGUUCGUGACAAUUUAGAGAAAAAUAUGAACGCAAAUAUAUUUUUUGCCAAACGAGAUGAAUGCGACGGAAAAAACUUUGAUCAGUUCGAGGAUGAUUUCAAAGAGAACGGCCGUUUGAUCCCGUUGAAAAGUCUACAAGUAGAUGUUGGUCUAACUGAAAAAAACUAA